AGCCACUGCUGGCUGGUGGACUGCUCAUUCAUCCAAUAGUCUGGGUGGCAAAUAGGGGUAAUGUGUCCGUAGUGCGGUGGUAGCCACACUCGGUGUGAUAGGGGACACUGGCAACACCGACUGGUACCAGUCUGGUUCCCCAAUCCGACUGGAAAAGUUCGCAUUCUGCUCAAAUCUAUUGGGUUUUGAGACGAUUUACAACCCGGGACAAUUAAUGAAGCAUGGGGAUCUACCAUUUGAGGUGACUGGAGGAUCUAGAUGUUACAAGAUAUCCACACACACGCUCCUGAGAAACGACAGAGAGAGAGACAGAGGGCCAUGCUCACACUCCCCAGCCGCUGAGUAAACCCCCCGCCGCAGCCGCUGUUUGUUUCGGUGUUGUCUCUUCCGAGGAUGGAGUGACCAAAUCCCUCUCCGGAUGAUUUGAUGGGGCUGCUCAGAGUCAUUAUGCCGCCCAAGUUGCAGCUUCUGGCGCUGCUUGCGUUCGCAGUGGCCAUGUUCUUCCUGGAGAACCAGAUCCAGAAGCUGGAGGAGUCCCGGGGAAAGCUCGAGCGAGCCAUCGCCCGGCACGAGGUGCGGGAGAUCGAGCAGCGGCACACGCAGGACGGCCUGAGGGAGCGCGAGGCGGCGGCCGCGCUGACCAACAGCGAGGACGACUUGGUCAUCAUCUACAAUCGCGUGCCCAAGACCGCCAGCACCUCCUUCACCAACAUUGCCUACGACCUGUGCGGGAAGAACCAUUACCACGUGCUGCACAUCAACACCACCAAAAACAACCCCGUCAUGUCCAUACAGGACCAGGUGCGGUUUGUAAAGAACGUGACAGAAUGGAGGGAAAUGAAGCCUGCGAUUUACCACGGACACGUCUCCUUCCUGGAUUUUACAAAGUUUGGAGUGAAGAGGAAGCCCAUCUACAUUAACCUGAUCAGAGACCCCAUCGAGAGGCUGGUGUCUUAUUAUUACUUCCUGCGGUUUGGGGACGACUACAGACCCGGCCUGAGGCGCAGGAAACAAGGAGACAAGAAGACGUUUGACGAGUGCGUGUCAGCCGGCGGAUCGGACUGUGCUCCUGAGAAACUCUGGCUCCAGAUCCCCUUUUUCUGUGGUCACUAUUCUGAAUGCUGGAAUGUGGGCAGUCAGUGGGCGCUGGAGCAGGCCAAAUACAACCUGGUGAAUGAGUACAUGCUGGUGGGAGUCACCGAGGAGCUGGAGGACUUUGUGAUGAUGCUGGAGGCCGCGUUGCCACGGUUCUUCAGAGGAGCCACAGAGCUGUACAAAACGGGAAAGAAAUCCCACUUGAGGAGGACCAGUGAGAAAAAGCCACCCACUAAGGAAUCCAUCGCCAAGCUGCAGCAGUCAGCCAUCUGGAAGAUGGAGAACGAUUUCUAUGAGUUUGCGCUGGAGCAGUUCCAGUUCGUCAGGGCCCACGCUGUCAGAGAAAAGGAUGGGGAACUCUACAUGCUGGCUCAAAAUUUCUUCUAUGAGAAAAUCUAUCCCAAAAACUGAAGAGGGGACUCUCAGAAGAGCGGUUUUAGAGUCUCCUGUGUGUUUUAAGCUGACUCAUUCUGAGGAAACGGAAGUGGAGAGAAAGUCUAGCAAGCCAUUGACUUGCUAGAUUUGUAAUGGAGGACUUAACGUGGUGCUGCUACCUGACAGAUCCGUCUCUGGCUCGGCUGGCUGGUUGGGGAGCUUGUAUUUCAUCAGCAGGUUGUCCUCUGCAGCUUCUCCACUCUGUUUUUCUUCCACAACAAAAUCAGAGGAGCCCUGAGUGGACCGUGGAUCCGGUUUGGACCUGGCUCUUCGCUUAACCUGGGGGGGAAAAAAAUCACUGGCUCUGUACUGUUUGAUUGUGUUUGGUUGUAUUUUAGCUCUUUACAAUGGUUUAUUGUUCAUAUGUGAGGACUGACAUUUUCCACAGUGAGAUGACAUCUUCAUGCCUCACAACAGUGACUAACUUAAAGAGACAGUAACAGUAAAAAGCUGAAUACUUGCUUGAACCUAAAGAACAUUUGUCUGGGUUUAUUUUGUUUGUUUUAUUGAACUAUUUACUGGGCCAGGCGUGUGUGUUUUAUACUUUACUUGAUGUGUGACUCUUGUAAAUGAAGGAUGCUUUUACACUUAAUGUUACUGGAGUGUGUCAGAACGUUACACUUUCUCUAAAUAUUUCAAUCCAUUUCAUUCUCGCACAGUGGGUUGUAUAACUUGUAGAGAUGCACCGAUCAGCGGUCUGGGGCCGAUUCACGAUCAAUGAUUUUAUUUUAUUUGAUUUUUUUAAAAGUUUUUUUGGCUCUAGUGGCCUUUAUUUAGCAGUUGUCAGACAGGAAAGUGUGUUACGAGAGAGCAAAGACAUGCAGCAAAGGCCUCCAUACCUGGGUCACACUGUACCACUGAGCCCCAUCAGCAAUUUUUGUAAAUUGUUUUGACUUGCAAGUACCAAUUUUGGUCAGAUUUUCUUUAAGAACUACUUAGAACUACUUUUUUUUUAACAGCGUUCAAAUUAGUUUGCAUAUAAAAAAGACUGGAAAGGUCGCUAAUUAUUUAUGUUCACAGCAGAGGUGACGUCACACUGUGUGUGAGAGAGAGAGAAAGAAGUUGCUGUAAAGCAGGAUUUUGUUAGCCACAAACAAAGACAAAAGGGAUUACGGAUGGAUUUGAAUUCUUUUCGCUGUGUUUUGUUAGCCAUUAGCAUGGUUAGCUUGGUUAGCUUUACUAGGUUAAAAAGGAGUGUUGGUGUGUAUUCAGUACAUUAGCUGUGAAACUACAGCACAACAUAAUCAUCUUCUCAAAUAUUUUGAUCUGUAUUGAUGCUUUUCUGGAGCAACAGUGGAAUGUUUUGUUUUGUUAGGUUUGCAAACGAUUAGUGCAUGAUAUCACCUUAAAUGACAAUAGUUAUCUCAAUCGUUAUUUGUUCUUUUCAAUUAGGGAAUUGGCUAUCCCUAUUGGAAAUAUUUGCUGAUCCAGCAUCAAAUCAAAUUAAGAUUGAUUUAUAUUUAAGAACAACUGCUGUUGGUCCAAGUGCUGCACACAACAGAUACGACAAGCACAGUAUCAGAUAGAAGACAAAGCCCAACAGUCAGGUUAGAAGGUCAGAAGGAUAAAACAGCAACUUUGUUGCAAUAUCUUCCUCCUCCCUGGAUUCUACUAAAGUUUGCUUUGUGUCAGUUUUUUCUUCCACUGCUUGGAGGGGGGAACCCCAAAGGUAUGUUUGAAUUGACAUCUUAUGGCAGACCAUUUCUUUUUUUAAGUCCAGAAAAGGUCAGGUGUGAAAGGCCCUCAAAUUGCAGACAGGAUCUGGAGUGAAACCAUCAGCAUCCAGUGAGGUCUGGCUCUGUUGCCACAGUCUGAAUGACCGGCUGACAGGAGAUAGUUUUUCUGUUUUUAAAAAGCCACUUGCUCUCUUUUGUGCUUCCUCCUUUUCAAAACAUCUCAAUGCUUCUGGGGAAAAAAGCUAACUUUUGAGUCUUCUUCCCUCCACAACAACUUCAGCACUGAAGAACGUUGCUGUCAGGGGAGUCUUUCAGAUUUCAAGGUUUCUGACCACCAGUUGGUCUCCAGCCGAUUUCUCUGUGCAUCUCUAAAGUAACUUAUGAUUAUAUAUAAUUUUGAACAUUUCUUCUCUAGGAUCACCCUUCAGCCAACAUUUUGUUUGUGAUGUGGCUGAAUUUUAAAGUGACUAAAAAUUAGCUUCUUUCUUUUUUUUUUUUCUUUCUUUUUUUGCUCUUACAAAGUGGCAGGAAUUUGAUGUCAAUUUUUUUUAUCGAUCUAUUUCAUUGUGGAAACAUCUCCCGGCAUAAAAAUAUGGACCGUAUAAUAAUAGGUUAAUCGUCAGCAAAAUAAAUAAAUAAAUUAAAGCAGAAAAACUUACAUUGAACUUUAGAAAAAUAUAUAUAUUGUUGUAAUUAAGUUGAUUUUUUUUAUCAAGCAGAACAAAGAAUUAUGGAAUCACUCAAUUCUGAGGAAUAAAUUAUGGAAUUACAAUCUGAUGCCACAACUUUCACCUUUUCUAUGUGUUUGAGCUUCAGUUUGCCCCGCCCCUUCUCCCAAAUUUCACCAUAUCUGGAUCAAAAUGCAGUUUUUUUGCUGAUAUUCUGAGUAGGAGGAAGGGCCCCAAAUCAAGUUCUUCUUAAGGCCCCAUAUAACUUUGGGCCGGCCCUGAUGGGAGAAAUUAUUUGAUGACUUCUUUAAAUUGAACGAUGGCACAUUUAGACUUCUAUAAGCCAAAUCAUGAAUGAAUUAUUUUGUGUCAUACCUGUACUUUUAUUUUUUACUGCUGCAAAGUAAAACAACAUUUACCCUCUUUAAUUGUAUUUUCUAUAUUAUUUUUGCCUGGAUUUGUAGAGAACUACAGCAGAGAAAUGUCAUUUCCACUGGAAGCUGGAAACAAAGCAGGACCUUUGUAAUGUAAGGUAUCUUUUAACCAUAAAAGCUUGUUUCACCAUGCCAUCUUCAAAAAUGUUUACUAUAGGAGAUUAUGUUACCAAGGCAACAAACAUCAUAUAUAGAUUACCAGCAGGUUUUUAAUCUCACUCCGAUGCUCAGCUGAUUAGCAAUGCAUAAACCCGAUCGUUUUUAGAAUAAACUAGCCACACAAAGAGGAUAACAUGUUUAUCUGUGAGUUUAGCUUGUGUCACAUUAUGGACACAUAAUGUCACAUUAUGUGCUUAAAGGACUGCGAACAGAUCAGCUGUAGAAUCCAUUCGGUUUUGUGUGCCUUUUCUCCGGUUCUCGUUGCUUUGCAGCUUUGUGUGAAGGGACAGAAAUACAACACUGGCUGUCGUGUGUUUUUAAUUUGGUUCUGACAAAAAACAAGAAAACAAUACACAAAAGACUUUCAUGAAA